CCAGAAUUCAUCAUAAUCACUCGACACUCUUCACCAUCAAGCGCAGUGGAAUCAGUCAUCAGAAGAGAGGAGAAAUGGUCUUGUCGUUGCGAUCACGUACUUUAGGAUCCAUUUGGGGCGUUUGCGUUACUGAUGCACUCGGCGGGCCUGUACAGUUCUCAGAACCAAAAAGUUUCGAGCCCAUUACUGGCCUUGCCUUUGUGGCCCCCUUUGAACAGCCAGCUGGGUCCUACUCUGAUGAUGGCGCGAUGACGCUAGCCCUUGCAAAGUCGUUUAUCGACGCUCAAGGAAAAUACGACCAUGAAUUGUCCAUUGAAUACUUCGUACAGUGGCUUGAGAACGGUCGGUUUAGCACGGUCAAUUAUUCCUGGGAUGUAGGCUUAUCCACUCGACGAGCCCUGUGUCUCUGGAGGGACCACGGUACGCGGGAUACCGAGGGGACUCAACGCCAGGUAAACCAUAGCCUUGACAAGGAGAGUAGUUCAGGGAAUGGCAGUCUGAUGAGAAUUGCGUCUGUUGGUUUGGUCUUGUGGAGGGAUCCCCUCGAGGCGCGAGCUGUAGCAAUCAGGCAAAGUAGGAUCACACACCCUGCUCUGGCAUGUACCGAAGCUUGUGAGAUUUACACGUAUCUCAUGGGUAAGAUAAUGCGAGGGAAGAGCAAGGAGCAGCUUUGCAGUGUUAUCCGGUCCCAUAAAUUUAAGCAUGAUGCCCUGGCUCUCCGGAUGUUCAAAUACAAAACAUUGUUGGACUGGGCCGAGGCAGAUUAUUCCAGUAUUAAAAGCAGCGGUUGGGUGGUGGACACUCUUGAAGCGGCUCUAUGGGGAUUCUUCAAGUUCAAAUCCUAUGUUGACGGCGCGCUGGCAGUCGUCAAUUUAGGACACGACUCAGACACAGUGGGUGCGGUAUACGGCGGAAUAGCAGGUGCCUACUAUGGCUACGAGUCAAUACCAGCGGAUUGGAUUGCUCAGAUGCAGAAUCAGAGUUUGAUAGGGGAAAUUGCUGACGGCCUUGUGGAUUUCGUCGUGCGUGAAUAAAUAAUCCUGCAAGUUCCAAAGUAAAUGUUUGGUAUUUUAUAUCUCUGUCCUUUAUUAUUAUUUUGGAUUUCUGAACCGCCGUUUCCCCUCGAAACAGCACGUAAAAUGCAC